GCGGGAAGUAACUCUAUUUGAAAAUGAAAAUGUGUAGCAUGUGAUUUCUCUGAUCAUUUAUAUGAUACACUAUUCGCAAAUAUUAAUAUCCAAAUGGAUCCGCAAAUUUCUUCUUUAGCAAACGAACUUUCAAAUUCAAUAGAGACAAUUCUUAACCCCUCUAGUUCACAGAAUGAUAGACAAAUAGCCCACAAGAUCUGUGAAGAGUUUAAGGAUUCUUCUCCCUUCUGUGUCCCUGUUGGUCUUGUUUUGGCUGACAAAUCUUAUAAACCCGUGGUACGACAUUUUGGGUUGCAGUUGCUGGAACAUGCCAUUAAAUUCAGAUGGAUUGACAUGAAAACAGAGGAGAAGGAAUAUUUGAAGACAAAUGCCCUACAGUUUAUGGCCAAUGGUACUCUUGGGAUAUUGGAGGAGGAGUUUCAUAUAAAAGAUGCUGUAGCCCGAAUUACAGUCGAACUAGCCAAGAGAGAAUGGCCACAGCUAUGGCCCUCCCUUCAGGAAGACCUUUUCAAACUCUGUCAAAUGGGGGAGACACAGACAGAGCUGGUGCUAAAGGUCUACCUCCGCCUGGUGGAGGAUGCUGUCCUCUUACAGACCAUCCCCCACCAGAGGCGCCGCGAGAUCAUGCUGGGACUGACUGCCAACAUGAAGGACUUGUUUGAAAUGUUCGUCCAGUUUCUCCGCCUUCACACAAACCUUGCCGAGGAAAAUUUGACCUCUGACCCCCAGAAGAGUAAGGCCCACCUACGGGUCAGUGAGGCCGUGUUGUACACCUUGGCCGGAUACCUGGACUGGGUCAGCAUGAACCUCAUCUUCACAAACAACAGUGUUCUGCUGCAGAUGCUUUGUCUGUUGCUAGGCAAUAGUAGUCUGCAACUCUUGGCAGCAGAAUGCUUGCUCACCAUUGUUGGAAGAAAGGGAAAGGUUGAAGAAAGGAAGCCAUUAUUAGUGCUGUUUAGUGAUGAGGCCAUGAAAAUCAUCCUUAGCACAGCAGCGGCAGCAGAGAAGAGUUCAGCCCAUGAUGAGUACUACUAUCUGUUUCUGAAGAAGCUGUGUUUGGUCCUUACAGAUCUCGGGAAGCAAGUCUGUGCUCUCUGGGGUGUGGUACCAGACUGUAAGCAGCCCCCAAACUUUGCCAUGUACCUUGAAGCACUGAUGGCCUUUACGCAGCACCCAAGUCAAAUUUUGAGCAGUUACACCCAGUCUGUGUGGCAGGCCUUCAUGAGACAUGAGUUUAUCAGUAAGGACCCCAUUCUCCUGUCAUUCAUACCAAAGUUGUUUGAAACAUCAACCAAAAUCCUGUUGAAGGUUGGUUUUCCAUCCAAGGACAACUCUCCAAGCUGUGAUUAUUCCAGGCAGGAUUUUGACAGUGAUGAAGAUUUCUCUGCCUUUUUCUCCCGAUACAGAGCAGAGGUUGCCGACAUGGUCCGUCAGGCCGUCCUGUUACAACCAGAGCUGGCCUUCAACUUUGCCAAACAAUGGCUGGAAACCACCAUAUGUAAACCCAUUGACACUGGUACAGAAGAUGGUGUGAUGUGUAACUUGUCCUCUCCUUCCUUUCUGGAGUGGGAUGCCAUGACUCUAUUUAUAGAAAGUGUGAUGUCACGUAUAGCAAUGACAGAUUACAGUCCUGACCCAAAUAUGGGAGUGGCUCUGCUCAAAAGUGCCUUAGCCUACCAGUCACAGGAUCCAUUGAUUUUGUCUAGUCUGUUGUCGUGCUUGUCAGCUUUGGUUGUCUUCUUGAGAAAUUCCACAGAAACCAUUCCAGCUGUGCUGGAGAAAAUAUUUUCGGGAGUGACUUUUGCUUUCCCUGGGCAGAAUAAGAGUAACAGGAGUCGGUCAGUGAAGAACGUCCGACAACACGCCUGCUCCAUGCUUGUGACGAUCUGCAAAACCCAGACCGAUCUAAUCUUUCCUGUGUUUGACGAGCUCUAUCAAUACAUAAAAAACAUUUCCUCUGACGUCGAGCAGCUUUCCCAGAUGGAGAAGUGUAUAUUGAUAGAGGCCCUUAUACUUGUAUGCAAUAGAUUUAACAAUUACGAAAAACAGUCAUCUUUCCUGGAAGAAAUUUUACAGCCUGCCAAAGAAUUGUGGUUGUCUGAGCAAUUCCAACAAGCCUUCAGUGGAUCUGACAAGUGGAUGUCGUAUAUAGGCCUAGAUCAGGCCCCACGGGAACCAAGCUCAGAGGACACCUGUGGAAUUAACAGGUCACAUAUAGCUUACUGUAUCAACAUGAUGAUGGCUGUCUUAAAGAGAAGCAAAUGGCCAGAGGACCCACAGGUUGCAGAAAAUGGUGGCUUUGUACUUAUGAAGCGAGAUGAUGGAUCAGUCAUUCUUAAGAAUCCUGCCACCGUCCAUGUCAGCAGAAUGCUGGAAAAUCUACUCCUCUUUAUGAAGAGCAUGAAUGGGAGCUGGCAUCCAGACAUGUUACAAAGGAGACACCCAGAGUUAGAAAAAUCCUUUGAUCUGGUUGAAAAUGAAAAAUAUGCAAUUUUAGGAAUCCCCAUGCCCUGUGUGGACAACACCAGCUCUCCUGUGUGUAAGAACCCGGUCACACGCAUACAGAACUUUCUCACCACCAUGCAUGACUAUGGCUGCCAUAUCCUGGGCAAUGCUGGACAGUGCCUUGGGUACGAGUUUUACGCCAUUCCUAACCUUCCUCAGUCCAUCCUGUCCACCGUGUUCACCAAUCUAGACUAUCUACCCGACUACAGAAUCAAACCAUUCAUAAGGGUUAUACUCAAGCCUUUCAUUGUGAAUUGUCCCAAAGAUCUCUACUCAGUAGCUGUGAUACCAUUGUUGGAAUUUGUUUGUCCCUACUUCUAUCAGAAAUUAAAUUCAAAAUGGCAGCUGAUUAACCAAAGAUUGAGUGAAGAUGGUGUAGAGGACAACAUGGAAGCUCAGGAAAUCCUGGAGGAUCAGCUAGCCAGGCAGUUAACCAGGGAAUACAUUGACUUGUUGGGAAUCAUAUUUCACAAGUUGAAACAAGACCCUGUCCCUGAUGAUGUGAAGAUGGAUGAUGCGGAGAACAUUCCUGUGACACAGAAAGAGGAAGCCAUGACAGAUCUAGGACAGCUGUGUAUGAGGUGUGAGAGUGUGUAUCCUUCUGUAAUGAUGUGUGUGUUUGGGGCUCUAUCAUGGAGGGACACCAUAGCCUGCAAUAAAUCAGUCCCUCUUUGCUGGUCCACAGUCAGACAAUUGGUCAGCACUAGUCACAUGACUCUGGACAUAGCCAGUAACUUCCUGUGUAAUGUGAUCUAUGGACUACAGGUGCAUGGACAGCAUGAAGGGCCACUGGCUCUCUUACUGGGACUGAUCACCCAGAUGUACGAGCUGCUGAGACCUGUAUUUCCUGAUCUGUCCAAUGUUCUUCUCCAAGUUCCAAAUUGUACCAUUUCAGAUAUAAAGGAUCUUGAUGCUAAAGUACUUCAGACAGCCUCACAAAAACAAAUCAUGAAUGACAAAAAACGACGAGAGGCAUUCAAAAAGAUCUUAUCUGAUGUAAUAGGGAAAAAUCUUGGACAGCAGUUUAAACGGGAGACCCAGUACAAAGACUUACCUCCGAUAUUUAGAAUCAGACCUCCAAAAUCUACCAGUGUCUUAGAGCAGAGGGAAGGAGCUAGCGGGCUAUGUGAGCUCUUUAAUCCGACAGAUGACUGAUGGACAUUCAUUGUGCUGGCUUCAAUUUUAAAGUGUGUAGGUCAUGUACGUUUACACGUACAUCCAGUAGUCGAGGGGGAAAACAAAGAAAAUAAUAGUGCUGUGUGAUAUUUCCAAUCCUAUGGAUAAACUUGGGAGUUGAUUGAAAGUGUGCUGUCUGAAAUUUUGAUUCUGUUGAUGAAUAUUGUAUGAUUGCAAAGCAAUCUAAUCCACUUUUUUUGGGGAUCUGGGGAUUAUGUAGUUGAAACUAUUUGGUGCAAGUUUUGUUAAUUCUUUUCAUCAUUGGAUACCAAAAGAAUGUUGGCUCAAUGAACUCUCCAACCUGUGGUACAUAUAUAUUUGUGGUAUGAAAUCGGGGGGGGGG